AGUGUACAAAUACUGUAGGUGAAAAAAAAAAUUGUGUUGAGAUUUGAAUGCAGGCGGUGACUCACGAAUCGGCGUAACUUGUGCGCACAGUUGACGCUCUCCAGUGCGACCCACACAUUACAGUAAACACACUGCGCGUCUCUCUCCUCCAUUGGCUUAGGUCUCGAGAUGGAUUUGACGUACCAGAGCAGCAGAGGCUAAAGCGGAUAGCCAAACAAGAAGCGCAAUAUUUUUACUACAACUCAAAGCAAUCAUGCACAAGGGGUCGGAAACGGAUCGCCGCGGGGGUGUCGAUAUCAAGGAGUAAUAUUUUCUCAUUCUUCAAGUAUCAGUUGUCGAUGAACUUAUAGCGAAUAUCAGGCGCUGGAAAGGGAAACAAUAAUAAUCAAACGCCACUGAAGGAAGACAAACAAACAAGAAAAGCGUCUGCUCUCCCCUUUUCAUCCAUGCAUGUAUCAACAUUAGAGGUUUAAACACCAUGUCCUGCUCUGGCAACCUCAUUUGGGAUGUACGAAAACGCACUAUUGGAUGCACAGAUCCAUAUACGGUCAGGACAAAUUAUUUAGGCAGAAGAGAGUUUGUACAACGACUGAAACUCGAAGCUGUUCUCAAUGUGCACGAUGGAUGCGUCAACACCAUAUCUUGGAAUGAGACAGGAGAAUACAUCUUAUCAGGGUCUGAUGACACUAACUUGGUUAUCACAAACCCUUACGAUAGAAAGGUCAAGACUACUAUUCGUUCAGGACACCGGGCCAACGUAUUCAGUGCAAAGUUCAUGCCCCAAACUAAUGAUCAACAGAUUGUGUCCUGCUCAGGAGAUGGCAUCAUUUUCUACACACACACAGAGAAGAGCCAAGAAAUCAACAGGCAGUGCCAGUUCACCUGUCACUAUGGCACUGCUUAUGAGAUAAUGACGGUGCCAAAUGACCCAUACACCUUCUUGUCCUGUGGAGAAGACGGUACAGUGAGGUGGUUUGACUUGCGGAUGAAGACGAGCUGCACAAAAGAGGACUGUAAAGAUGACAUUUUGAUUAAUUGCCGGAGAGCCGCUACCUCAAUAUCCAUUUGCCCCCUGGUCCCCUACUAUCUUGCUGUGGGCUGUUCGGAUAGCUCAGUGAGGAUCUAUGACAGAAGAAUGCUGGGAACAAGAGCUACGGGUAACUACACUGGCAGAGGGACGACCGGCAUGUGUGUACGUUUUGCCCCAGCCCACCUGUCCACCAAGUCCUGCCGCGUCACCUCACUGUGUUACAGUGAAGAUGGACAAGAAGUUCUGGUCAGUUACUCUUCUGACUACAUCUACCUGUUUGACCCCAAAGAUGACCAGGCCAGGGAGCUCAAGGGCCCUUCUGAAGAGCGGCGAGAGGAGCUGAGGCAGCCCCCAGUCAAGCGCUUGCGUCUGAGAGGCGACUGGUCGGACACAGGGCCACGAGCUCGGCCUGAGAGCGAGAGGGAGCGUGAUGGAGAACAGAGUCCAAAUGUAUCGCUAAUGCAGAGGAUGUCGGACAUGUUGUCACGCUGGUUUGAAGAGGCUAGUGAGGCCCAGAGCAGCAGAGCACGUCCUCAAACUCGCCCCAGAGGUACGGCUGCUCGACCAGAAGGAACAUCUGCAACCUCAGAAACAAACACUCAGGCACAAGAGCCCAGUGAGGUCUCCGCUGAAGGUGCGAUGGAGGUGGUGACACCCUCGUCUGAUCCUCCACCUCCACCUGCUGCUCCUCCUGCACCUCCAGAGCCCCUCCCCAAGUCUAUCUCCUCAGGCUCCUCCUCCUCAGGCUCCUCCUCCACUGUGACAGCUCCUGCCCCCUCCAGCUCGUCCUCCGUGGAGAGCGCUGCUUCCUCCUCUCUCCUCACAUCCCCAGACACAGAGCAGAGGAGCCAGGAUGAAGUUACGUCCACUUCCUCAGCCACACCCACUCCUUCAGCCACACCCACCCCAUCUAGAGAGGCAGCUUUAUCUGAAUAUGGUCCUCACAGGCUGCCGGUAAGUUUAGUGUGUAGACGUUUGCAGAGGCUGCUUCUCCUGUCUGACCCCCCAGGACAGGGCAGACGCUCAGUCCCUGCUGUACCCGAGACCUCCAGCACAGAGAGUUCAGCCCAACAGGCUGCUGCUUCUGACGCAGGGCCCCCUGCAGAUUCUCCCUCAUCUGUGGUAAACAAACAGCUUGGAUCCAUGACUCUGGAUGAGGAGCAGGGAGGUGCAGAAGCAGCAGGACAUGUAAUCAGUGAUCAGAGUACAGGUGUAAGUAAAGCUUCCCCAGACACUGUAGAAACUGUGCCAUCCACAUCAGCGCCUUCAGUUGGCACCAGCGGCGGGAGCAGCAGGACUCCUCCAGAACCUGUCCUCAGUCUGCACUACAGCACUGAAGGCACCACCACUAGCACCAUCAAACUGGACUUCACUGAUGAGUGGAGCAGUCCAACGUCCAGUGCCAAAUGCAGCAGUGGAGGACAUAAGGUUGGGGAGGUGGGUGAGGAGGAGCCCACAGGUCAAACCUCGGGGCAAAGUUCAAGCUCAGCCUCAGGGAGUCAACCCACACCCAAUGGGGGCAAAACUGCAGACGGUGGCACGGAGAAGGCCUCCAUCAGCUCUCAAAACAGCACGCCACUGGUGGCACCACCAGAGGGGCUGUCAACCGAAGACGCGGCUCGUCCCAGCGCUCCAUCGGAGGAGCUCCAGGCUGCUGGUUCGGCGGAGCUGAGCGAACAGUGCAGGAGGAGCGAGGCCGCUGGAACGGGCGCCCAGGGUUCAACUCAACAAUCCCGCAAUCAGGACUCUGAUGACAGUGACGAUGACCCCAUCCUUAUCCCUUCAGCCAGAUUUAAUUACAGAGGAUCAGCUGUAGGUGAUAGGAUGAUAAGACGCUCCGCCGCGGCUCGGAUCCAGGAGCUGUUCCGCAGGAGAAAAGAACGGCGAGAGAUGGAAGAGAGUGAGACUCAGAAUAUCAGGAGACCCUCUGUCAAGAUGAUGUACAAGGGCCACCGUAACUCCAGGACCAUGAUUAAAGAGUCGUGCUUCUGGGGGAAUAACUUUGUGAUGAGUGGCUCGGAUUGUGGCCAUAUCUUCAUCUGGGACAGACACACAGGAGAGCACCUGAUGCUGCUGGAGGCCGACAACCAUGUGGUCAACUGCCUACAGCCUCACCCUUAUGACCCCAUUCUUGCUUCAUCUGGAAUUGACUAUAACAUCAAGCUGUGGUCGCCUUUAGAACAGUCAACGUCUUUUAACAGAGUCCUUGCUGAAGAGGUGAUUGCACGUAAUGAGUUAAUGCUGGAAGAGACGAGGAACACCAUCACCGUCCCUGCUUCCUUCAUGCUUCGAAUGCUGGCAUCAUUAAAUCACAUCAGAACAGACCGUGUGGAGGGUGAUCGUUCGGAAGGCUCCGGACAAGAGAACGAGGAUGAACAGUAGCCCUUCUGCUACAAACGAGUGUUUUUUUUUUUUGCUACAGUGCACUUGAGCAUUUGAGAUUUGUACAAGUUACAAAAUAGAGUAUUUCCAUGUUAGUUCUGUUUUUGGCAUUAUUUUUUAAUGAGACUUUUCGUACUAAUUACUCUAUAUGAGAGUAAACUGCAUCUGGGGAGUUCAUGCAAACAAGAUGAUACGCAAGAAAUUUAAAGAUGUGGCUAAACGGCUGGUGCUUGAGAGUAUUUAAGUGCAAUAUUAAUUUGUUAAACAGUUGAGCUUGGAACGGUGUUAAGUGUGAAACUUUAUUGUAGCCUCAAAUGAAGAACUCUGAUGUUUGUAUACCAGGAAUUAUGCAUGUCAAACAUGAGAAAAUGUGUUCUCUUAGUCUUUACCAUUGUUGGCUCUUUUUUCUUCUUUUUUUUUUGUCAUUACAUUUGUCAUUGCAUUGCACAGGGAUCUUCUGCCUAACCCCAAUCACAGGUACUAGCAAUAUUUGAUUAUCCAAACCAGCCAUUAUACAUUGUUACACUGCAGAAUGUUUAUAAAAGUUUAUUAAAAUGAGAACCAUUUUUGA